AUGGUCAACACUAGCAACUCGACCAACGCCACGGCACCCAUUAAUAGUACCCUUCAGGCCUGGCAUGACUUGCAAGGGCAUGUUAUCGACAAGAAAUAUGACGCUGGCUAUAUCUUAUUAUCAUUCUUGGUCAGCCUGGUGGGCGCCUGGACUGCAUUUGAGCUGCUCAAUCUGAGGACAACAAGAAAGGGUCGCUAUAAUUGGACGGUUCUCGUGUUCGCUUCGAUAGCAAUGGGAGGUGUUGCUGUUUGGUGUAUGCAUUUCAUUGGCGAAGAGGGAAUUAUUCUCGGUGGAGGCGAUCCUACAUUACAAAUUUCAUACAAUAAGUCUUCCAUCUCCGAAUCGUUCUUCUUACCCGUUAUAGUUUUUUUCAUCGCAUUCUGGACUGUUGGCUCCAACGAAACGAUAGAUCUGCCUCGUGUUGGUCUAGGUGGGACUCUAGCUGGACUUGGAAUAUGCGGUAUGCAUUACCUUGGACAAGCUAGCAUCUCGAACUAUGCGUGCUUUUAUAAUAUUGUAUGGGUCUUCAUUUCCGCAUUCAUAGGCAUUGCAGGCAGUGUAGGAUCUAUCUACCUAUUUUUCCUGUGGCGUUCAUCCUGGGCAUCAUGCUGGUCGAAGAAGGGUAUCUGCGCUUGUUUACUUGCUUUUUCCAUAUCCGGGUUACAUUGGUUAUCAUCUGUUGGAACACACUACCAUCUUCACAGUCGCCCAACACCAGGUUCAAAUCCGACCGAGCAUUUUGCGAUAAUCGUCGCUACAGUCUUGACCAUAGUCGCUGCCCUUGUCAACAUAACAUUAAAAUUAAUGCUCUUUACCCGAAGACAAGAAAGCAUCAACAGUUCUCAGAAGCUCACUUUGUUCGCAGCCAUAUUCGAUAAACAUGGAAAUGUGUUGAUUGGUCCACAAGGCUGUUUGCCAAAUCGAAAAAUAACAAGUUCCUUCAUCGAGGGCUCAUUAACUGAGGUUUUCAACACCUCGCAUCCAAUAUUUCUGUGGAUAUUCAGAGCAGCGAAGAAUUGGCAUUGCGUUAAAGAUAUCAUUCCAGCAAUGCGCCUCAAUAUCAGUGCUCACAUUGAAAAGCAUAACCUUAAAGGUAGAGAGGAAGUUAGUCUUGUGGAUGACGAUGGCGACUUAAUCAAGGAUUAUUCUAUUGUGUUCCGAGAGCUUUUCUGCAUUGCAGCCGCUGAUCUUGCGAAUGAUCUCCGUAUACCCAUGGAAAAACUAGGCCCUUUGUACGACGAUGUCAUUGGUACCGGGCAGAAAAUUCGAUUGUCAGCAAUCAUUAAAUCUCGUGUCGCUAUAGUAAGUGAUUUGAUAGAAAAAACAAUUGGGGAUAUCCAGCACAAAAUUAAAGGUGGUCGCCGCGCCAUUAGAAGGCCGAGAAAAGACGUCGAAAAAGAUGCAGGAGCAGGAACUGGUCAACUACUCUUUCUUGUCAAGAAAGUUCAGCGACGUGAGGCAGAGGCUUUACAGGCAGCGGGAUAUCGGUUUGGGAAGAUUGGACAAGUUCUAACUCUGCUAUCAAAUACCAUGAAGAUUAAGGAUGAAAAUCUUACCAAGCAUCUGUCGGAAUUAUGGAAGUUUGCAAAUCAGGAUGAGAUUUUGGAUCCAGGUUGUCAUCUUGCAUGCUUCGCAAUUCGAGCUUCUGUCCGAGGAGGAUUUGAUAUUGUUGUCAGGAAAGAUGCUAAGAGUCAGCUCCCAACUAUGACCUUGCCUUUCGAAUCACUGGAGCAAUGGCAGAUAGACUUUUUGACCGCAAUGAAUACCCUCAAUGUAACGGAAUGUCAAAGGUUCUUGGCCAAAGCAGUCAAGGCAAAAGAAUUACCUACAAGGGAGAAAACAUUUUCCAAUCAACUGCUUACCACGCUCCAAUCAUUGAAAUACGAAAUUGGAGAUCCUAUUUUCAGUGAAGCAUGCCUUAUAUCUAAACCAAUUGAGGCUCCAUGCCGUGGAGCUUCCGCAAACCAUAGGCCUGGAGUAGGAAUUCUCAUCGCUUUUCGGCUCAUGGUACCUAUCAAUACUCGUCGUGCGCCAGGAAAGAAAUGCACCUUCGCGCCACUCACCCUUUUUAAAUUGCAACAACGUGUUUACAAAAACUCUUUAGAUCAUUCUUUCUUCGUGCGUGCAAUAUAUCGAGAGUUCUCACCGAUAUUUGCAGCAACAUUCCGUGAUAGGUCACAAGACAAGAGACUUCUAUCACAAUGGAGACCUGCCAGAUCUGGCGAAGAAUUCAAAGUCGAAGUAGUGGAGGAACAUGAUCCGUUCGGAAACCUCAUCACCAGAAUGAGGCCUAGCAGGGAGUUGCAAUCACGGCCUACUAUGGAACGAUUGAGAACCCUCUGGGAUGUAAGUCUCGGCCGCUCUAAAGACGAAAAUGGUUCUGGUGAUAGACCAAAACCAAUACGAGCGGCUUCGUAUCAAUCCAUGGGAAUCUUGGUCAGUACGGAAGUUGAGAGAGAUGUGAAGCUUAGCUCAGAUAAGAAGGACAAUGGGAAAGGGAGAGGGUUUGAUGCUAAACAGGGGAAUAGGGGGGUUACAGCGGUAGUUACUGAAGAUGUUGAGCCGCUGACGUUUGUGGAUGAAUUAUUUCAAAUUUGUGUUAAGAACACGGGGAUGCCUCAUUGA